GGCGCAGCUGCGGGGACCGGCAUGCGCGGUGGCGUGGGGGCGCCCUUGCGGCCUGCCGCCUGGUCAUGCCUGCAUACCUUUCAGAAGCUCAACCAGAGGCGGGACAUCUCCUCCUGGCUGACCCGAUGGUUCCCCAAGACCCCAGCCAAGUCCGUGGUGGCCCAGAAAACGCCCAUCAAGGUGGAGUUGGUAGCUGGAAAAACCUACAGAUGGUGUGUGUGUGGCCGCAGCAAGAAGCAGCCCUUCUGUGACGGCUCUCACUUCUUCCAACGCACCGGUCUAUCCCCACUCAAGUUCAAGGCCCAGGAGACCCGCACAGUGGCCCUCUGCACCUGUAAGGCUACCCAGAAGGCCCCGUACUGCGAUGGCACCCACCGGAGUGAGCGGGUGCAGAAGGCAGAAGUGGGUUCCCCGCUCUGAGGGACCAGCCCCAGGCCUCUGGUGGGCACCCCUUUUGUGGGGAAGGAAACGGAGUGCUGAGGCCAAGAAGGGACCACCCAGGGACCCCAGUCCCAUCUGCUGGUUGUGAAGGGCUUACUCCCAAGACCUGAGGUCUCUCAGGCAGCUGGGGACCCCACCCCUGGCUCAACACCUGCUGGUGAAAGUGGCAUUAAACGCUGUACCCACCCAGCACA